GGACGGGAGGACAUCACGGAAAACUAGCCGUAUCGGAACCCCACGCCGAGAUUUGAGUCCUCCGCUGCCCCGGAAAGGCGACAGACGACUACUAUGCUAGACGCGGCGCUCACAUCUGGGACCACUCGACACCCCGGCGAGGUUCGGUCGUCGCUGGACUAAGUACGAAUAUCAUAUGGGAGCAGCAUGCGGGAAAUGGUCGGAGGUUGCUGCGUGUGUUCCGAUGAGCGAGGCUGGGCUGAAAACCCGCUGGUGUACUGUGAUGGACACGGCUGCAGCGUCGCCGUGCACCAAGCUUGCUAUGGCAUCGUGCAGGUGCCCACCGGGCCGUGGUUCUGUCGAAAGUGCGAGUCCCAGGAGAGGGCGGCGCGAGUGAGAUGUGAGCUGUGCCCCCACAAAGAAGGUGCUCUCAAGAGGACCGACAGUGGAGGCUGGGCCCACGUUGUGUGUGCACUCUAUAUCCCUGAGGUUCAGUUCGCCAACGUACUUACCAUGGAGCCUAUCGUCCUGCAGUUCGUCCCCCACGACAGAUAUAUCAAGACAUGUUAUAUCUGUGAGGACCACGGCAGGGAGAGCAAAGCCGCCUGUGGAGCCUGUAUGACCUGCAACAGACAGGGCUGCAGACAAGCUUUCCAUGUCACCUGUGCUCAGAUGGCCGGUUUGCUGUGUGAGGAAGAGGGCCCGGAGGCAGACAAUGUGAAAUACUGUGGAUACUGCAAGCACCAUUACAGCAAGAUGCAGAAGAAGUUGCGCUCCAGUGACAACACAGGUAGCUCCUUCAGCCACAACAGGGGGCGCUCCAGUUCUCCCUCACAAGAAAAACACCACCACCACAGACAGAGGAAGAGCCACAAGGACAAGAUGAGGCCAAAGGAGCGCCACAAGAAGUCCUCUGAUAGCCUGGGCUCUUCAAUGACCAGCAAUUUAGAGAAGCUCUCCUCCAGCCACCACAGCGUCAAGGACAGUGAAAGCAAGGCAAAGAAGCUGAGCUGUCACAGCCUGGGUCAUCGCAGUAAGAAGACAGGAAGUACUGGCAAGAGUUGCUCCUCCUCCUCCUGCUCGUCCAGUCCAUUCAACACAGGUGGCUCCCUGUCGUCUGCUCAAGACUUUCACCAAUUCUCUUCUUCCCACCUCGAGCGUGACCAUGACCGUGGAGGUGAUGACCAUAGCAGUGAGGACCGCAAAGAGCGUCACAGGAGAACAGUGGUGCAGGAGGAGGAAGAGGAGGAAGAUGAAAAACAGGAGGAGAAAGAGGGGGAAGAAGAAGAGGAGGAAGGGGAAGAAGAAGACGAUAAAUAUCAUAAACCCCCAGCGCUAACACCUGCCGAUGGCCCCCUCACCGGGUUGCAGGGCCACGAAAGGUCAGAGGGCAAUGGCAGCCCUUUUGAGACCAAGGUCACCAUCUCCACUUUCGGAUCCAUCAUGCGCAUCACCUCCUCCUCCAGUCUGGGCAGCAGCAGCAAGAUCCGCAAGUUAUCCUCUUCGGGGGACUACAAACCUUCCAAGUCACUCUGCAAGCCCUCCCACCUGACCACCCCACCUAUCCUGGAGGAGGCAAGCGUGGAUGACAAAGCCACACCCCCACCAUUGCUCAGAGAGAGGCGGCACCGCGGCAACAAGAAGAGCCGCCACGGUCCAGGGCGCCCACGGGGGAGCAAGAACCGGGAGCGCAGGGAGGAGGCUGAGCGCCAUCACCACCACCACCACUCUGCACCUCCUCCGCCAGCCUUAACUUCCCCGCUGUACCCCAGCCCAACCUCAAUUCCCCACCCCACCUUCCCCUCCACCCUUCCCUCUGCUACCACCACCUCCUCUUCUUCUUUCUCCUCCAUUUGCAGUUUCUCUACAAGCCGUGGCAAUUCUCUGCUCGGCUCUGGCAUCUACUCAAGCCUCAAGGACCCUCUCACAUUGGGAAGGGGCGUUUGUAGUAGCCCUCUGUCCCUAGGCGGAGGGGUGUGUAGCACCUCUCUGUCCCUAGGAGGCGGCAUGUGUAGCACCCCUCUCUCCUCAGGACUCCUCCAAUCCCAUGCCUCCACGCUCUCUCUUCCCUCGGUCAACUCUGUCACAAAUACACAGGUUCCCCCAGGCUCCAGUCUGACCUCCACUCAGCCUUUUGCCAGCUGUCUCUCCACAGCCCCAACACUGCCACCACUACUGAGCCAAGCCCAGACCUCACUGCCGGAGUCUGACCUCGAUGACUGUCGCUUCCCAUGCCAAGGGAACUCACCACGAGAGAGUCUGUCAUCACAGUCUCCAAUGAGCUCUCUUCCCCUGCUGUUCGACCAGAGGGACACCGUUGGUGCUGGAGUUCGAGCCCGUCCAGAAAAUGUCCCUCCAGCCAGCUCCCACAUUGAGCUCCUGCUCGAGAAACAUGGCAAUGGAGAGAUGGGGGUCAAUAUUGUGGAGAUGCUCCAGUCCCUCCACUGCCUGCAGCAGGAGAACCAGCGCCUCCAGGACCAGAUCCUCAGCCUGACGGCCAAGAAGGAACGCCUGCAGCUGCUCAACAUGGAGCUGGCCGUUCCCUUCCCUCCACAGGCCCACGGAGUCCCAGGGUCCAUGCACACGUCCACCCAGAUCAGCUUCCUCUCCUCGGCGCAAGACCAUUUAAGCACCAAUAAGAGCCCCUUGUCCAAAAGCUGCUUCCUGAAUGACACCUCCUUCAUUACCUCCUCUGAGGAGCUCCAUUCUGGUAGUCCGUCCCGCAGUAGCUCCUCUCUAUCCUUCCAGAGUACCCCGCCUCCUCAGCAGAGCCCCGCAUCCUUCAGCCAGCCCCUGCUGAACGGACUGGGCCGUGGUCUAACUGACGGGCUGGGGACCAUCAGUCAGACUGGCAGCACCACCCUGCCCAUGGUGGGUGGGCUCAUGACCUCCCUCGCAGGAAGUCCACAGCUGAGCAUGAACGGCGUGUUGGGCAGUCUAAAUGGCGUGAUCCAGUCUCCAGGGCAGAACGCCCCCCAGCCCUCGCUACCUGCUCUUCGCCCCCAGCCCCCACCUCUCAACCCCCAGGCACUGGCACAGGGUCUUCAGCUACCUAAGAGUGUGAGCCCGUCGUCUCUCCUGACAGAGCAACAGAAGCAACUCCUCCUACAGCAACAACAGCAACAGUUCCAGCAGUUCCUCACGUCACAGAACUUCACCCCUGAGCAGCAGGUGGUGGUGUACCAGAUGCUGCAGCAGCAGAGACUACAGCGCCUCACUCUGACAGGAGCACUCGCCUCAAACCCAGCAUCGCCCAUGAUCGCCCAGUCACCCAACCUGCUGUCCUCGGCAACGGCCUCACCCCUGCAGGGAGGCCAGGGAAACAGUCUGUUUGGCCUGCAGGAAACUGCUCUUCACAAGCCUGGGGCUGCGGGGGAGAAGAGCGGAGACAAGAAUGUCUAACUUCUCUUCCCAAAGCAGUCGCACCUUAAAUCAGGAUACUAGAACAUCAUCAGAGGUCAUUGAAACUGAGCUGCAUCAACAAAAACCGAGGUCAACUUUAAUAUUCAUGAAAGACUUCUGAAAUGUAUUUCACUCUUUGUCAUCUCUAUCGUACACCCCCCUCUUAUGAAUGUAUAGUGGGACAGACUCAAAUAUUUAACAAUUUUUUUGUGUGUUUUUAAAUUCUUAUAUCUGAGGUUCUUCUCAUAGGUAUUUUACAUAGGCAGCUUUCAGAGAGUCCUGACACAGUGGUCUCUUAUUAAAUUGCACUAAUUUGUUAACUCGAUCAAAGUCGCUGCUUCUGCCAGCGGGUUGCGGCGUUCUUCUUGUCCUGAAGAUGUUGUUUGGGGUUCGGGAUUAAGUCCAAGCAUGUUAGUUUUCGCUCUGGUUAUAUAAGCUCAGAUUGUCUCUGUUUUGGCGACACUGACUAUUAUCGAUAUCCACCCAUGGCUGAAACCCCCUGUUUCCAUCCAGUUUGUUCUGCUUGGAUCACUGACAUCUGCCACCGUUUUGAAGCCUCAACUGUCUUCCUUGAUAUUAUGUCUUCCUCUUUUUUUUUUUUAACCCGACACAAGUUGAAUCCAGAUCUUUUGUUUUAUGUUAUACCCUCAAUCUCGUAUCCUGUUGACGUCAAAAUGUUCAACGUGUUGGUUUUUAUCCCAUUCUAAGAUUUAUACGGUCUUCACGUAAGAUUGUUUUAUGUCUUCUCUUUUCUUUAUUGGGAUGUUUAGUGGCUAUUUUGCGCUAAUUCACUGCUACUUUAGCCUUCACUGGAUACAUGUGGCUACCUAAUAGCUCAAUAACGAAAAAGGAUGCCAAACACAACUAAUUAACUCCUUUUAAAUACCAGAAUGGUACAAAACCCACGGGACUAAAACACAAUUUUCAACCAUGUAAGACUGGCUUAACUUGAAAGUUAAGUACCAGGUAAGGUUUCGUUGAGCCCCCCCCCCCCGUCCCCCACCCCCACCCCGAGAAUUUAUAGAGACUUUUAUAUCCUACCAGUUGCUACCGAGAUUAAGCAGACGAAACCAAACAUUUGGAAAUUGUAAUUAAGAAAAUAAUUGUAUUUCCUAAAUCCAGUUUGCACUUUGCAUGUUUUUUAGUUAACAGCAAAUUAGGCAUCAACGUAGUACCAUCAAAAGGAAGUUUGGUACUUAACGGGCCACAAGGGACUCACAAGUUAUGGAUUUAUAUGAAUAUUUUGCACUCUGUACUGAAAUGUUAGGGUUUUUUUAUGUUACUUUAUAGAUAUUUCUUUCGUAUCCAGCAACUUCUUGUUGUUUUAGCAAUACUGUAUAGUUAAUGCCUUAAUUAUGCUAGAUAGAAGGAAAAAAUCAAGAGUCUAAAGGCUUUUUCUUUUUUCUUCUUACUUUGAUAGUGUUUUGUAUAUGGGGUACAUUGGGGAGGAAAACACCCCUCCUGAUCCAUUUAUACUUUUGAUAGGUAACAAUGAUCAUUUGACUUACCAGUUGAACCACGAAUAAGCGUAGUGAUGAUUAAAGUGUCAUAUCAUUUUGUAUUGUACUUAUGUUGUAAGAUACAAUAUUGUUUUGUGGUUUGUGCUUUAGACAACGACUUGAUCAUUGGACAGUAAAGCCUAAAGCGUGGUGUUACUGGAGGUAUUCUGAGCAUCUGAAGUUCUCAAGGCAUAUGGACAUAAUUAUUAUAAGUAAUGUUAAAGUACUGCCGUGGCAGUGUAUAGUUAUUAGCGUGGCUGUGAUCAGCCCCUGGUGGAAUGUCGGUGUAUGUACUUGACAUCUUCAAGUUGGCCUAGUCUAUGUGUGGCUAUGUUUAAAGCCCAAGAUCAGAACAAAAACUGACUCAUCGGCAAAGAUGAGCAACUUUCCUUUCAGUCCACUUUACAAUGUGGUGCUUCUGUCCAGCUCAUUCACUCGCAAAAGACCACUCGCAGAUCUGUCUCUGACUCUGAAGGCCAGGAAACGUUAGGCUGUGGAUUUCACAAACACCUUUACGUUUCUGCUCGCAACCCCAAACGCGUUUCGCCAUACGUGUGGUAUCUCAGCAUCUUAUCGUUCUGUUUGUGCUAAAUUGUAGGUGUCAGUGAAGCUUCUUUAAGCGACUUAUUUGGUUGGUGUAAAAUAUGGCAGCGGUGACUGAGAGGAAUCUGUGUUACCUUCACAACACAACACGUGAACCUACAUGGCGACGUGACAUCUCUAGUUGGAGGUCUUAACCUUAAGUCCUUACAAACUGUUUCACAGCUUAGGAGAAAUGUGGGCACGGAUAUGCCCGAGAGAUUUACUGAAAGAGUGCUGCAUAGGAUUUUUGAAUGGGUUACUUUCUCAUGUUGCACUGGGGCAUUUGUUGUUUUGUUUUGUUUUGGUUUUUUUGCCCAAUUGUUGUUUUCGUUUUUAUUUGUUCUUUUGCUUUUUUUGUUAUUUCUUAUUUUUUUAAGUACAAGUUGUAUGAUUCUGUAUGUUUGUGUAAAGAUACAUUCAUUGUUUUAAGCUUUGACAUUUGGGUAACCAAGAUAAUCCACUUUAUGAAUGUUGUACUGUGUAACUUUUAUAUAUAUAUUAGCACCUGGCGCUGAAUGAUGUUUGAAGGAGAAAAUUUUCCCUAAUGGAAUAUGAAUUGCAUGAAAUGCAGUGGAGUGUGUCAAAUCUAUUGCUAAAUACCAAGUAGCAACUAUGCAUACAUCUUAAAUGCAUUGUUCCCGGAAAAAAAAAGAGCACUGAAUUUUGAAAAGGACAAGCACGUUGACAAUGUAUAGUGUAUUUGUUUGAGAGAAUUGAUCAGAAAUAAUUUGACAAUAUUCAGAUUAAAUGCCCUGUUGGCUAAAGUAUUUUGAUAUUUUUGUGUGUAAAAUUAAAUGGACGGAUCAAGACAA